GACUAACUCAGAUGAAAUGUCUUUUGCCUCACCGACCGCCGCCUUGUAUUGUUUCAAACAACUUACCUACUAACCUACCUUAUGCUAUUGCGCUGGACUGUGCCUUAGUUCAACUGCUCGUGACAAACCCCUACCCCGCUAUUGGACUGGAUGUUGUCAUAAUUCUCCCCCCGACAUUUCCACUUUGUAUGGAGAUACAACACAACACAACAUAUUCAUCACUUGCUCCCAUUUCUAUCUCAAUCUCCUCUUUCAUCCUCCGUCGUCAUUGCUCCAAAUCCAGGUCGAGACCACCCUCGUGCAUAGUCCAGACCAAGCCAACCUUAGCAGGUACCUCUCGGAAGCCCACAUAAAGUACAUGUACUUUGCGAACCGCUACCGGUACUCUACUGUAUUUGACUACCAUACCUUAGUCUAGCUCUUAACUAUACCUCAUCCAGCCCGUCUCCAGGAUUCGCUAGCCAUCCAUACCUUACCUUUACUCCGGGCUAGAGCCAUCGAUGGCAUCCAUCCCAACACUACCACCUCACUAAUCACUAUCUCUCUGGUCGAUUCUCUCUCCUCUUUCAUUACUCAUUACUCAUUACUCAUUCACCCUUCACCCUUCACCUCCCCCAGUUCGGCUUUUAUAAACACUGUUAAAACUUGUAUAAGUUCUUAUCAUCAUUAUCUCGUUCACAUCUUCGACAGCCGUCUCGGCUCCCCUCCCACUAUGGAGCAGGUUCAUGGCGUUGAUGUCAGCUGGAUGACCCAUGGUGCUUCGAAAGAUAAAGCAGCCAGGAAUUCACCGCCCACCAAAACUCCCUCAGCAGCUCUUCCAAGACAGAUCCCUGGUGCAAACUCUAGACCGAAGUCGCCGGCUUCGGCUCCCACAGAUAAUGCCUCCGUAGACUCCAAUAUCUCGACCAAUGGCCAGUCCACGACUCCAAAUGGCUCCUCAGCUACAAGACGAAUUUCGCGCUCCAAUUCUAUAGAUAAACAGACUCCUCCCGGCACAUCGCCUCACCGUCGCAAUUCAUGGUUCUCCAAUAUCUCUGCCAAAUUCUCUUCCUCUAAUACACCGCCAGCCGGUCCUCCUUCACCAGCUCCCAUACCCGAAUCGUCGCCCGCACCACCGUCAGACCCCGUCCCUCCCAAGUUGCCACAUACGAAGAACGCCGUGCUACCCCAUGCUGCGAAACCCGAUGGCGAUGGCCCUUAUAUACCAGCUCCGCCCAGGAGUGGACAGCCCGGCUUCUUGGGCAUGUUCCGGCGCCUGUCUUCUUCUAACAAUGGGGCUCUUUCACAAAGCGGAAAACUUGGCCAUGGUCUUGUCGACAGGGUGGUUCUGAAUGUCGACCAAAGUCGAGAAAGAUGUCCUAUAUCGGAGCUCUCUUGUGCCAAACUUAGAAGAGUCGCAUUCUGUGUGGAUGUUGAGAUUGCGCCUCAGCCGAAAUAUGCUGAUCACGAUUCUUCAUUACCUAAAACAACCGACAAGACUCAGAAAAAGAAGUUGACCGAGAAGGGUGAGGGGGAGGCCCUUAAGAACCCAAAGGCUGUGGAAGAGCAGAAGGAAACCAACGGAGAAGUCAAGACUACAGGAGAAACAUUGCCAAAGGAACCCGAGAAGGAAGGGACUGAAGCACCUCAACAAGUUAGGGAAGUGGCCAAUGGCAGUCCAACUCCUGUGUCAGAGAAAAAGGAGGAAAACACCAAGAAAAAGGAAAAGAAGAAGAAGAGCGAGGAAGAGCGAAAGGCCAGAAAGGAGAAGAAGCGAAAACUGGCCGAAGCCAACGGAUCCAUUCCCAUGGAGAUUCAUUAUGACAGCAGUGAUGACUCGGCCAAAACAAAAACGCCGCCCAAUGGUCCCGAGACCAACAAGCCUCAGACGGCACCUACCACGAACCCUGUGCGAAUAUACCGAAGAUGCUGCCAGCUUCGCGAAACGCCAAUUCUGAAAAAGAUUACUGAGCAACUCACCGAUACGGCCAACUACAAUGCCUCGACUGGCACGGUUAACAAACUUGAUCUAACAGAUUAUUGGCUCCAAUUACCGGAUCUUAUCACUCUCGGAGAUUACCUUGCAAUUGUCCCUGUGAGGGAAAUACUUUUAGAAAACAGCGGGCUUGGCGACGAAGGCCUACGAGUUAUCCUAGCCGGUCUGCUCGCAGCCAAGAGACCAGCUGUGAGGCGGCGGAAACCCAAGCAUGACGAUGAGGAUCAAGGCGGCGUAGUAGAGCGACUUGUCCUGAAGAACAAUAAGAUAGGCCCUGAUGGAUGGAAGUAUCUCUCGCUUUUCAUAUAUUUAUGCCGAUCGCUUAAAUUCCUCGACGUAUCUUAUAUUCAAUUCCCGCGCCAGCCUCAAUCACAGCAAAACGGGUCACUCAACAAUGGAGUUCAUAUACCUCGAAGUAUCUCGAGCAUCUUUUCCGCUGCUUUGGGAGAGCGACUAGGGGGAUCAACGCUCGAAUUAGUCAACAUUGGCCAAACGGGUUUGACAAUGGGGCAGCUUGGAACAAUCGUCGACGGCCUGAUUCAAUGUGGCGUGAAACGGCUCGGUUUGUCACACAACCAGAUCGAUGCAGAGGGCAUGAAACAUGUUGUCAAGUUCCUCACAGAGGGUCACUGCGAAGGUCUCGACUUGGGCGGCAAUGAUCUCAGCCAACACACUGAAGCCUUGGCAACAGCCAUCGAAAAUGAUACGACGCUCUGGGGACUCGGCAUGGCCGAUUGUAACUUGACACCUUCGGCACUCUGCAAGAUCUUGCCUGUGAUGGUCAAGCUACCGAAUUUGCGAUUCUUUGAUUUGUCCCAAAACCCAGCAUUGUUCCAGUCAACCCCCAGCGCUGUUGGUCUGCUCAGGAGAUAUCUUCCCAAGAUGAAGGUGCUGAAACGUAUGCAUCUAGAAGAUGCUGCGAUGACGCCAGAACAAGCGAUCGCAAUAGUGGAAGUGCUCCCUGAGGUUAAAACGCUGGCGCAUAUCAAUAUCACCAACAACGCCGAGAUUGUCAAGCUCGCCGAUGCGAGCACAGAAGAAGCGCAAGAAGAAGCUUGCGCUCUUUACGCGUCUCUACUUGCCGCAGCUCGUGUGUCCAAGAGUCUCAUUUGUGUGGAUAUCGAGGUCCCUAGUGAACAUGCUGGAGAGAUUGUCAAGGCUAUGGCUAAGCAAGUUGUUGCCUACUGCCUUCGUAACAUGGAACGACUUCCCGAUACUGACGCAGGUGCGGUUUUGGCAUCGACGCUUGCCGAGAACAACCUAGAAGCUGGCGAGAAUAAGUUGCCACCUUAUCCUGAUGUUCUCGCGCAUCUUGUUGGACACGACGUCCUAGACCAAGACGAAAGCGACGACGACAACGGUUCAGCGCCUGAUGAGGACUAUGUUAUCGGAGGUACUGGUGUGGUCAAGGCGCUUGCUUGUUGCCUGAAGAAUCGUGGCGAUGAGUCACGGAGACAAUCAGGCGAAUUUAUUCGUGAGAUUGAGAACGGAGCAUCAAGCCCUGCGGCGAACCUGUCCACAGGUGGAAAGGCCAAGGACAUGUCAAAGCACCUAUUGAUGGGUGCACGCAAGAUCCGCCAACGUCUCCAGCCGGCGCUCAUCAAAGCAAGGGCAAAUCCUGAUGAUGAUCACAACCUCCGCAGGCUAACCUUCCUCGACGACACUUUGCAAGGAAUUAUCAAACGUUUCGAGGACGAAUACCCGGAUACUCGCGAGGAUCCUGCAUUGCAAAAGCGCCCCCGUGCAGGUACGAAGGGCAGCGAAGAGUUGCCGACCACAUUGCCGCUCGAGGAUUCUGCGUUGGCUCUAUCGGACAACGAGGACGAAGGCGAAAUUACCGGAGGCAAGCCGCUGUCGAGGUCCAACUCUAUGGCCAAGAUAUUGGUUGAGGAAGAAGGCCGAAUCCUCCGUGCUGGUCAUCGCUUUCGCGCUGGUCUCAUUAAGGAGGAGCAGAUUGACCUCCUCAGUACAAUCGAUGAUAUCGGAUCGGAUCCUAAACACGUCAGGAUGCUUGUUGAACUAGCUGAGGAUCUCGGUGGAGAAAUCUGGGAAUUAGUCAAGGAGAAGGGUCCUGUGAGGGCAUUCAAGGAGGAUCGAGAUAUUGCUUUCAAGUGCAUGGAGGCGAGCGAUCCAGAGCACUGGGCUCGAUUCGCUGAGGCGCAGUACAAGUCUCGCGCGAACAUUAGCAUUCCAUCAGCAGCGAAGCAGGGAGAGGUAGUCGACGAGAGCGCGGUUGCCGAUUGAAGUAGUGGGCUGCAAGAAAGAUACCGAGAUGAUGCCUGUAUAAACCUCUGCUAGGAGAAGAUCGAGUCAUGACGGGUUGACCAUGGCCUGUGCAUCAUCACGAGUAAAGAGAAGGAUGUGGAUUGAAAUGACAUGUUAUGCGCAUAGAAGUCAGGGCGCUCGUUAACGACUGACUUUUCCUUUUCAUUCUAUUUUGCUUUGAGCGGGGAGUUAUGAAUAGGUUCUCUUUCAAGAGAGAAGUGGCUAUACUAUACUAUCAAUGCGCGUACGGGAUCACAAAUACGUGCAUAGUCUUGGGAACUGAGUGAAUAAUACAACGUCGCGAACUGAAGUCGAUCUUUGUUAAGGGGCGUUGGAGAGUGUGAUACUACUUCGUAUUAUAUGUAAUGAGGUUUCCAUCGAGAAUUACAAACCCUGGAUUUGUUCUGGGGAACAAUGUUUAACUUGAUCCUCAGUGGAUAUUCACCAUGUAACCUUGAGCAAGUACCUAGGUAGUGCAUGAUGUGCAGCUCUACACCUAUAGGCGAUGCGGCGUGGCCGGGAUGAGCACGGGGGCGAGGGAAGCAAGCCACAUUUGUUGAUCUUAGCUCUUCAAUUAAUCAAUAUAUUCUUUUGACGCCAGAGACGACGGGAAGAAAGGCAAGAAGUUCU